CGGUGCUUGCGUGUUGGAUUCGAGUUUUUUUUCGAUUUGCGAUAGCGGUACACGAGGAACACUAGAGUGCAAUGGAUGAGUUUUUAAAAUCUUUAAGGGAACAAGGAAAGUUCCAACCAGAGCCGUCGUAUGCAGAUGAGCUGGAAAAACAGAAGGCGAUAUUAUUGAAGCAACGCGAAGUUGAUAAUUUGAAAGAGCUUCUCGAUGGCACGAAAGUAUUUUGCGAACAGCUUGAAGUCGAAGAUCGCUGCCUCCUAGAGCAAGCCCACAAAACGAAAGCCCUGGUAAGUCAGCUCGAUGAGUUGAAGAUUAAAGUCCAAAGUGUCAUCGAUCAGAACUUUGAUCUCACAAUGAACAAACUCCGCGAGAACUGCUACCGUAAUACCGCACUGAACAAACAACGUCACCAAAAGCGACAGAUGAUAGUGAACUUGAAGCAGCAACAUGAACAUUACAAAGGGUUACUCGUUCAGAUGCAGGAGUCGAAAGGUCAGGUAUUAUUGAGAGAAGCACAGGAUGAAUACGAGGAAGAAAAGAACAAACUUGAAGCAAUUCGUUCGGAAAUUAACAGUAUCCGGAAAACGAAAACAGAAGGCGAUAAAAAGUAUUGGGAGGAGAAAAAAGCGAUGUUUGUAGAGAUGGCUAAAUUGCAGAUACAAAUCAAGACACAAAAUGAACAAACUUCGGCCGUUAUGAAGAACAACGAAUUGCUAAAGACGCGCAUUAUACAACUAAGUGAUGAAAUUGAAACCCAAAAAGAAAGAGAAGAAGCAGAAGCAAUACGAAGAAAGAACGAAUUAGAUGAGCAAGUGAUGACUCCUUUAAAAAUUAUUCACGCGGUUAAAAGUCAACAUGUAUUUAAAAACCCCAACGAUUUUCCAAUGCUCGUAGAAAGUAUACAAAAUAAACGUUCUUAUGAAUCUAUUUUCAAACGAUCUGAAUUUCACAAUUCUUAUACAUCUCGCAGAAAGGGGGAAAAUACAGCAACGCAUAACAAAACCACAAUACCACACGCCACGUUCUUAUCAAAAGCUGAAUCAACACCACUAAAACGAAAGAAACAAACUGUACCAAAAAAUUCACCUGAUAAUACUACCACAAUGUAUGCAUCUCCAUCAAAUGAAUUCAAAACGCAAGAGAAGCUUAUAGUAUCGGAAUCUGAGAAACAGCCAAAACGACGACCUGCACAGGUACCCUCACAACAAGCUACCAAGAAAAUUGAUUCUUCAGAAUCACAGCCAAAGGCUUCUAGCUUCUCGCAAGAUAAACAAAUCAUCAAAACGAAAAAUCCAACAAAUGAGUUGGAGAAUAUAACAAAAGUAUCUGAAAGUAAAACAAAUGUAUCUGAAGUUGCAACAACUAUAUCGGAAAAGGCUUCAAAUUCGAAUAAACCAGAGAAACAAAAGAACCAACCAGCACAAGUCGAUGGAAACGCAGUCGCUACUUCUGUAGAAUCGGAUCCGAAGUCGAAUUUCGCCUCAGAAGGCCCCACGCAGAAAGUGAUUCCUUCGCCACAGAAAGAUGAGAACCAAUCUGGAUCGAUGCAAACAGAACCAGGUGCUUCAGAAGACCAAGAUUACGAAUCUACCAAGGAUGCCGGUAAUGCGGACACAGUCUCUUUGGCCAGCACCAUUUCUUCGUUCGAUUUAGAUGAACGAGAGGGUAGCAGCGAUCUAGGUUUUGACCUUUCGCCCGUUGUGGCCCGUAAAGGGAAAAAAGGCAGUGAUGGCAGCGAAAGUGGAGAUUUGGAUUUUGAUUUUCUCACGGAUUCGCCUAAGCAGGCAGCUGCACCACGGAAGAAUAAGAAGCAAAAUGAUUUCGAUUUCCUCUCAGCUGAUAACGAUAAUUCGUUUGAUUUCUUCUAAUUUCCUUCCACGUAAAAAGGAGAUUAUUUGCUUUGGCGAUUUUAAUUUUGGUUUCUCACUCACUAUAGAAA